UCUUCGCCAACACGCUUCUCCCACCGGCCGCCUCCACCGCCGCGGCCGGUCGCCAUUACUCGCCACGACGAGCACAAGCUUGUCCUGCCUAUUGGACUUGUCGGUGUCCCACGAGGCAGCAGCUAAAGUGCUAAGCUCCUAGGGAGAAAAAAAGAUUUUAAAAGGGGAGGGAAAGAUGCACCUGCUCGUGCCGAUAUGCUGCUUCCCCUCCACUUCAUCUCCGCAACUACCACCACUUCCCCUUCCGCGGCGGCCGUCUCGCCUCCUCUGCUCCCCGUCGCCGCGCGUCGGCCUCCCCUUCUCGUCCCCAAGGGUCGUGGUGGCAUCCUCCAUGCGCCACCGCGGGCGACGCGGGGCUGCGCCCCUUCCUCCGGCAGCGGCCGCCGCCGCGGGGGAGGCCUCCAGCGACCCCCCUGGCCCUCCAGGAGGCGAGGACAAGAGAGACGGUACCGACCUCAAAACACUAGCUAGAAGAUUUUGGAAAGUUGCUGCCCCUUACUGGUGGUCAGAGGACAAAGUCCAAGCAAGGCUGCAGCUUGCUGCUGUAUUUGCUCUCACACUGGCAACCACCGGGAUUAGUGUUGGAUUCAACUUCCUGGGACGCGACUUCUACAAUGCCCUUGCCGACAAGGACCAGGAACAGUUUACCAAGCAACUGCUGUACUACCUGGGAGGUUUCGCUGUAGGAAUUCCGUUCUUUGUCUUGAGGGACUAUGCAAGAGAAGUCCUUUCUUUAAGAUGGCGAUCUUGGAUGACAAGUUAUUACAUGAAGCGCUACUUUAAGAACAGAACAUUCUAUAAGAUUCAGUCUCAAUCACUAAUAGACAAUCCAGACCAGCGGAUUAAUGAUGAUCUAAGUUCAUUCACCGGAACAGCGCUCGCAUUUUCUUUGACACUUCUCAAUGCUGUUGUGGAUUUAGUAUCAUUCAGCAACAUCCUUUAUGGAAUCUAUCCACCAUUAUUCAUUGUUCUUAUUGUGUAUUCUUUUGGAGGGACUGUUAUUAGUGUCUUCCUUGGUAAGAAUUUGGUCAACCUGAACUUCAUGCAAGAAAAGAAAGAAGCUGAUUUUCGUUAUGGGCUUGUCCGUGUUAGAGAAAAUGCUGAAUCAAUUGCCUUUUAUGGUGGUGAGGAAAAUGAAUUGCAACUUCUAUUGGACCGGUUCAGGAGGGCUUACCAAAACCUAAGUGAAUUACUGCUAGCAUCCCGGAAUCUGGAGUUCUUCACUAAUGGUUACCAAUAUUUAAUUCAAAUCCUGCCAGCUGCAGUUGUUGCUCCAAUGUUCUUCGCAGGAAAAAUUGAGUUUGGAGUAAUAAACCAAUCAGUGUCUGCUUUUAAUCACAUCCUCAGUGAUUUUUCUCUCAUUGUUUUCCGAUUUCAGUCAAUUAGUGCAUUCUCAGCAGUCAUUGAUCGUUUAGGUGAAUUUGAUGAUCUGUUGGAUGCAAAUGAGCCUUCUCUAUCAUCCCGACGUGAUAGCAUUGAAGGGAUCAACAUUGUUUUCAAGAGUGGCAGUCCUUCGGUUCUUAGUUCUAAUGGAUCACAAAUGCAUUCUGAUCAAGGCGUCGUUCUAGAGAUUUGUAAUUUGACAUUGUUAACACCUAGGGGCGGAAAUAUUCUUAUUACUGACUUCAGUAUGGAACUAAAAGAAAAGGAUCACCUACUGGUCAUGGGACCCAGCGGAAGUGGAAAGACUUCAUUGCUGCGUGCUUUCGCUGGCCUUUGGACUAGUGGUUCGGGGAAUAUUGUGUACCAUACGAGAGAUUCUACGGAGCUUCAAACAGAAAAUUUCAGUUCUAGCGAGCCAUCCAACAUAAAGCCAAGGAGUCAAGAGCUACUACAAAGUUCCAAGCAAAGAAGAGAUAAUGGCAUAUUCUUUGUCCCACAAAGACCAUAUAUGGUUUUGGGCACUCUUCGUCAGCAAUUGCUGUAUCCUACAUGGACUGAAGAUAUUCUUCUAUCACCAACUAAUGAUGCUCAGAAAAAAGAUGCUCUUCCGUUCCUGUCUGAAGUCUCCACGUCAGAUGGAGUUGGUGCCAAGCCUGAGAUGCCCUCAACUGAUGAACUGAUCAGAGUACUUGAGGUUGUUAGGCUGGGAUAUAUAUUACCUCGUUUCAAUGGCUUGGAUUCUAUGCAUGACUGGGCCAGUGUUCUUUCGUUGGGGGAGCAGCAGCGUCUUGCAUUUGCUAGGCUGUUACUCGCAAAACCAACUCUUGUCCUUCUGGACGAGUCCACAAGUGCACUAGAUGAUACAAACGAGGUUCAUCUAUACAGUCAGAUCGAAGCUGCAGGAAUAACAUACAUAAGCGUCGGUCACCGGAAAACACUUCACAGGUUCCACAACAAGGUCUUGUACAUUUCAAAGUCUGAUUCACCAACUAGCAGUCUUCGUAAUUGGGAGCUAAAGCCCACAGACCAGAAAUCAAUUGAAGAAUCAUCCCCGUUCGCUUCAUAAGAGAUUCAGCUUGCGAGCCACUUUGGCCUCUUCAUCGAAGGGUUUAUCCCACAUCCGAGUCAUAUGGUAAAUAGCCCUAACCAAGGAUCCCAUGUGCGAGAAAUCAUGUUGCACACUGAAUGUAGACUGUCGAAGGCGUUACUCUCACUGUCUUUCAGCUGGUUAACAAGAUGGCAGACAGUGCUACAGCUACUAACUAACCUGUGCUGCAGGAUAUAUUUAGCACCUGAAAGCUACUUCAUAGUUCAGAGUGAACUAUAGCAGAUGUAUAUAUACAAUUGAUUUGAUCCUUGUGCUGUUAUCAUCUACCUUUUAAUCUAGAUCUGGAUUUUCUGUGGUUAAUUUAUGUAACACCCGAGGGUUGAAUCUCUGCCAGAUUUCGAUUUCGUUCAGUGUUGUUUCAUCUGUAUUCUAGCAACUGUUAGGAACUUCAGCUCUGCAUAGUGAUGUAAAUCAUUGUUGAGUAUAGGUGCAAAAAAUAAAUUCCUGACAAGGUCUUGUGAUGAAGAUUCUUGGUUCUUUCUUGUCA